GAAUAUUCUCGAUUUCCGUUUGCUUUUGCAUGUCCAGAUAUGCUUUCAUCUACUGUCAUCAACUGUCUUUGUCAAUUAUUUGCUAUUUUUGGCAUGCCUGCUUACGUACACUCGGAUCGCGGUCCAUCUUUUAUGUCCGCAGAGGUCGUUCGAUUUCUGCGUGAUAAAGGUGUAGCAACUAGUCACACAACUGCUUACAACCCGCAAGGUAACGGUCGAGUCGAGCGCUUAAACGGUACGCUAUGGAAAGCUAUAUCUCUAGCACUGAGGACUAGAGGUCUGCCGACCUCUCAAUGGGAAAUGGUCCUCCCAGAUGCGUUACACUCUAUUCGCUCACUGCUUUGCGUCGCCACCAACAAUACACCCCAUGAACGAUUGUUUUCUUUCCCCCGGCGUUCGGUCAACGGCUCCUCCAUACCUACGUGGUUGACAACUCCAGGCCCGGUGCUGCUCAAACGAAUGGAUCGAACUUCGAAGUACGACAACUUAGUAGAGGAAGUUGACCUUAUUAGCUGUAAUCCACAUUAUGCUCUCGUGAAAAUGCCCAACGGCAGGGAAGAAAACGUUUCCAUUCGACGCUUGGCCCCACCGGGUGAUCUGAUGGUUUCAAGACCAGAAACCUGCGACCUGCCGGACAGUAAAACACACACAGAGUUAGAAACUCCGCCUCCUAAAUCGACAGGCAACUCACUUAAUCAUGAGAUUCUUGACCCCUCCCCAGCCCCAACACCUGUGUCAGACAGUGCAUCAGAAAUCUUACAACAACAACAAAGAACGAGACCUUACAAUCUACGGAACAGAGAAGCCUAUAAAAACACUACUGACCUCCCCCCUUCUGCGGCUUACGCUUCCCAACCAAAACGCAUAUACUCUGGAACAAGAGAAGCGCGUCAAACACCUUGGGAUAACAGUCACAUCCAGCUUUUCACCCAGCGAAUAAUGCGCCGAAACAGCCCACAAGGCCCGGAGAGCGCUGUUUGCACUCAGAGCUGA